UGGGCCCGCCCGGCUCGCCCGCGCCCGCAGCCCCGCGAUGGAGCGCGCCGCGGUGCCCAAGCCCCGGAGCCUGCAGGAGCUGGUGCGCGCCCUGCACGCGCUGUUCGCGGGCGACGCGGUGGACGUGGACGAGGUGCACGCCGUGCUGGAGGCCUACGCCAGCGACCCCGCCGAGUGGGCGCCCUACGCGCAGUUCGACCAGUACCGAUACACCAGAAACCUUGUGGAUCAAGGAAAUGGAAAAUUUAACCUUAUGAUUCUGUGUUGGGGUGAAGGACAUGGCAGCAGUAUCCAUGAUCACACCGACUCCCACUGCUUUCUGAAGAUGCUGCAGGGAAAUCUAAAGGAGACAUUGUUUGCCUGGCCUGAUAAAAAAUCCAAUGAGAUGACCAAGAAGUCUGAACGAAUCUUGAAGGAAAAUCAGUGUGCCUACAUCAACGAUUCUAUCGGCUUACACCGGGUAGAGAAUAUCAGCCAUACAGAACCUGCCGUGAGCCUUCACUUGUACAGCCCACCGUUUGAUACAUGCCAUGCCUUUGAUCAAAGAACAGGACAUAAAAAUAAAGUCACCAUGACUUUCCACAGCAAAUUUGGCAUGAGGACUCCAUUUACAACUUCAGGAUCACUAGAGAACAACUAACUGAAGAUGCCUGAGACCCUCUGAGGUUUAACUGUAUGUUUUGCUGUGGUUGAGAAGGCCUGUCUCCAUUUGCUCUCUACUAAUAUGCCACUACUUAGGAAUGCUAUACGGCAGAGACUAAUUCUAAGGCACUAAAUAAGCAGAUCGUGCUAUUAUAUUAUAGCAGAAAAUUUUCAUUCAAGAUACAAAGGGGGGUGGACUUGUGAUUUUUAAAGGCCAAAUCAAGUGUCCUUCUAGUUUCAUCUUCAGAUUAGAACCAUACUGAGAAUACCAAUGAAAAGAGUUUUUUUGGUGUUGUUUUUUUUUCUUUAAUGUUUUCUUUUCGGGUGUUUUUAAUACAUAGUCUUAAAAAAAUGCUUUGACCUCUGACUCAUGAUUAGCUACAAAUAAAACCGAGAAACCACACA